UAUCCAUUUACAUCAUUUAUAUGUGGAAAGAAGGUGACAUUUGCACAGUGGGAUGAGGUAGUAGGUUGUAUAGUUUUAGGGUCACACCCACACUGGGAGAUAACUAUACAGCCUACUGUCUUUCUCAAAGUGAAAACGGAGCUACCAGGUUUCGUCCUACAUUUCCUGGAAUGUAAUAUCAAACUGAUGGCAUUAUGACAGCACGUAUUGACAAGCUGGACUUUUGUGCUUUUGGAUUGUUAAAAAUGUAUAUAAUCUGUACAUAAUGGCAUCAAUUCUGCUGCAUUAUUAUAUCACAGUGCUUGCACAGUGUGAGGUAGUAGAUUGUAUAGUUGCAGGGUAGUGAUUUUAUCCAAAAUAGAAGAUAACUAUACAAUCUAUUGCCUUCCCUGAGAGGCAGAAAUGCACACUCAAUGAACAUCUAAUUAUAUUAGACAAUGUAAUACAGUUGUUGUUUUUGUAACAUUUUGAUUUUGAGUCAAUUAUUUUAAUAGAAGGAAUGUUCUUGAGCCUUUUUUUUGAGCCUUGCAUUUUAUGUGUUUGUUCCAAAUACAAUAAAAGUAUCUUAACAUUUCUCUGAUUUUCUUUGAUAAAUACUCAACAGGCAAAUAAAAACAGAUAUGUAUGUGAUUAAAGAAAUUGACUAAUGGCAGCAGAGGAUUAUCACCUUAGAAAAUAAUUUCAUCCUGGAGAUGGCGCUCUUGUGUUGUCUACAUUAAACACCUAGCUGAAUUUGUCAAGGCCUUUUUAUUGAGCUCCUGAUCAAUGUAUUUUUGUUUAGACAGACUUAUUUGGCUGUGGUGUUUACUGGCCUCUGGUAUUGUAAAUACCCAGACAUUUGGACAAUAUGUAUUACCCUUAUUCUGGGUCAUCAUCGGCCAUCAUAAUGCAUAUAACAGCAAUUCAGCUGGUCCAGCCAUGUAAAAGAAACUCUUUAAUCAGCUUCUCUCCCUUAUCAUUAUUCCAAGUCAUUUUGAACCGCUAUAUCCUUUUGUCCCUAUAGUGAAAACUCGCCAAACUUUGCAUGCACGAAGGGUCUUUGGCUAAUUGACUUUUGGACAAUUAUGGAUGGCUGCAUGGUUGCCUAGCAACAAGAGGUUACAUUUGCAAUUAUUUAAAACGUCGGUCCCGCUACGCCGCUCUAGCUAGAGACUUAAAGUUUUACACAAGUUCCUCUCCUCGUGAGGAACAAUCUGGUGCCAAGGACCAGGGCCGUAGCUAGUGGGGUGAAAGGUGGUAACAAUUCUAGGGGCCCAAAGGUACAUGGGGCCCCACAUAAAAUUCUUAACUGUAUUUUUUAAUAGGAAAGGGGCCCAGAUUACCUUGCUACGGCCCUGCCAAGGACCCAUGAGUCCAGUAUUUGUACACAGCUUUUUAUUGGAUUGCAAAUUAGUUGAGUUAUCGUGGGUCUAGAAAUUAAAACAUAAGAACGUCAGUACAACUCUAUGUUAAAUGUUGACUUAUCCUUUUUACAAACAGUUCAUCCUGUUCCUUUAAGAAAAAGACGUAGCAUGCGAUGAGUGAUUGUUGUACAGUCCAGUCCCAGAUAAUUUCCACAAUCCAAAAGAAGAAGGUGGAAGAAGUUUGCAGGUUUUGAAUGUCAGGGAUGCAAUAAAGAUCGUUCUUGCCAUAUCAGUGGUAAAAGUGUUGUGAUUUAUCCUUCAAGUUUUGUACUCACGAAAGCUAAAUCUAUCAAUUUCUCUGGAAACAUUGGGCAAGUAAUGAACUGGCAGGUGUCAGUGUUGAGUUGCAAUUUUGAGUCUAUUGAUGCAUUUUUCUACAGUGGGAUGUCAAAAAAUAAAGUAAAUCCUGGAAGUUUGCAUUGGGGUUUCCAAUUAUGAACAUAGAAGUCAGUAGGUCCAUUUCAUCAAAUAUUUUCCGAUAGCUAUACCCAGGGCUGUAGCCAGGUAUUCUGGGCCUCCUGACUGCAUAUUGCUCUGGGCUCCUUUCCUAUUAAAAAAUACAGUUUAGAAUUUGUUGUUGGGCCCCCCUGGACCUGAGGGCCCCUAGAAUCGUUACCACCUUUCACCCCACUAGCUACCCCUGGCUAUACCCUCUGCUUGCAGCAAUAUUGAUAUUUCCUUUUAACUGGAAUACAAGGCAGUUAUCUUACCAUUAAAGAGCAUAAACAGUUGGAAAGGUUUUAAAGGCUUUUUAUUUGUCUUUAAAUGAUGCACUGCUUUUGAUCACUGGGUCAGCACGCAUGGUUCUUUGCCAACAUUUUUUUGGAAGGUGGUUAGAUGAGCCCAUAUCUCGCCUCGCAAUUAAGGGCUUGAGGUGGGUGAGGGGGGAAUCUAAAGUCGAACACGUUUUCUUUUCUCAUGGGAGGAGCAAACGGGUGCAGGAAAAUAGAUAAAAACUCUGUUUAAGAAGCUGGAGUAACUGCAAUAUGAUCUUCGCCUAAAUAUCUUGGUUACACAAUUAUCGCUUACUACACUGGAGUUUUCGGUGGUCGUAUCUCAAAUCAGAUUUUUACCUCCCUACAUCCCGUUUGCAUGCUUUUGUUGUUAUGUUGAACGCGUUAAAGCGCGUGUUCACGGCGAGUUUCAUGUAAUUAGUCGGGUUAUCAACCUGUUGGUAAUCCUUCAGGAGCGCACUGAAAUAUACACGGAGUAUUGGAAGACCUAACUUGCUCCAGAACACACCCUGACAGAUUUAACAGAUAAAGGAUCUACUGGGGAAAGAGUGCUGUGAAUGUAAGAUCGGGUAUUUACAGAUUUAAUUAUUUCUCUUGCUCUAGUGAAUCCAGAAGCGUAAAAGUGCUCUAGAAGUGGUACAUAUGCAGAAUAACAUUCACCUCCGCAAAUCCCGAAGGAUAUCAGUUCAGGUGUUCACCUCAAGUUCUCACGGAGUUUUGCAUCCCUCCAAGGACUUGGUUUGCUUGUUGCGAUAAAGCAUCUCGUCCUCCGGUUAUAGGCUACCCAUCAGGAGACUAUUAUAAUUUCACCGUCGAUUUGCAGAUUAAAGGCUGAAUAUGAGUAGGAAAACACGCCGCUGGAUUUUUCACAUUUUCCUCUGCUUGGGGAUUAUAUAUUUGAAGAUUGGCGGCUUUUCCUCCGUGGUUGCGUUGGGAGCCAGUAUUAUCUGUAACAAAAUUCCUGGUUUGGCCCCUCGUCAAAGGACUAUCUGUCAAAGCCGACCUGACGCUAUCAUUGUCAUUGGAGAAGGAGCACAAAUGGGAAUCAAUGAGUGUCAGUUUCAAUUCAAAAAUGGAAGGUGGAACUGCUCAGCCCUCGGGGAGAGAACUGUCUUUGGAAAAGAGUUGAAAGUGGGCAGUAAAGAGGCUGCUUUCACCUACGCCAUCGUCGCUGCUGGGGUUGCCCACGCCAUCACAGCAGCCUGCACUCAGGGAACGCUGAGUGGAUGUGGCUGUGACAAGGAGAAGCAGGGCUUUUACAACCAGGAGGAGGGCUGGAAGUGGGGUGGAUGCUCGGCCGAUAUCCGCUACGGCCUGAGCUUCUCAAAGGUGUUUGUAGAUGCACGAGAGAUCAAGCAGAAUGCCAGAACACUCAUGAACCUCCAUAACAAUGAAGUGGGGCGCAAGAUCUUGGAAAAGAACAUGCGGUUAGAGUGUAAAUGUCAUGGUGUUUCUGGGUCCUGCACCACUAAGACUUGCUGGACCACUCUCCCAAAGUUCCGCCAGCUGGGUUACAUCCUCAAAGAGAAGUAUAACCACGCCGUGCAUGUGGAACCGGUCCAAGCCAGUCGGAACAAGAGACCUACCUUCCUGAAGAUUAAAAAACCUUACUCAUACCGGAAGCCCAUGGACACUGAUUUGGUGUACAUCGAGAAGUCACCCAACUAUUGUGAGGCAGAUGCAGUGACGGGAAGCAUGGGAACCCAGGGCAGGAUCUGCAAUAAGACUGCACAGCAGGCCAACGGCUGCGACCUAAUGUGCUGUGGCCGAGGAUAUAACACACACCAGUACUCUCGUGUGUGGCAGUGCAACUGCAAGUUUCUUUGGUGUUGCUACGUCAAAUGCAACACCUGCAGUGAAAGGACAGAAGUGUACACAUGCAAGUGAAAUAUUUAUUGCUGGGGUAUUUAUGCACACCUGACUCGUGUGGUAGAAGGUAUACUAGAGUCACAACAAUGAUGAUGACCCCUGCUAUGGAUUCAAGUUAUUGAGAGGAAAGAGCCAUUUGCACAGGAAAACUUGGGUCUGGCGUGUCUCUAUAACCGUGAGUCUAGAUGGAGUAAUUGCAGGCAAUGCAAGCAGCAUUGCUCAAGAGCUCUGCUUAGGGUGUUGGUACCAGUAGACACCUAUCUGUUCCAGUGCUGAGCAACAGAGCGAAGUAGCCAACAAAGGCUUGAUGAUCUGUUGACCAAGAGAAAGAUGUGGGUUGCACUUGUAGGGUGUUCUGCUCCAUAGGUGGUGAAGAAGGCCUUCUCGAGGAACGUUUGGCAUAAAGAUGUACAUGGACUCAACAAUUACUAUAUUUAACUGUUUAUUUAGAGAAAACAGCUAAUGUUAAUUUAAUAAACUACUGAUUUAUUCUCAUUGUGUUUAAUAGAUUAGAUUUAGUUUUUCUGCUGUUUUGAUAUUGUGUGUAUUGCAUAGAAAUAAACUGUUGAACUUUUACACAUGUACACCAUGUGCUUUAGCUUAGGGAUGAAUCUACAACAAUGCACAGUACAAAAACAACAACAGUGCACUGCACUCAAGGUGUAAUUACUAGUCUCUGAAAGCAGAGUCUCUGCUGUCUUUUUCAUUGUAAGUCUUUGUGCUGCCAUUUUCCCUCUCUACUUCCUAUGUACAAAUACACACUGGAAUUGUGCAUCGUGUUUGAAGGCUAAUUUCUUCCAAAGUGAAUGUACAAGUACUGUUGCUUUUCAGAAUUGGUCCACAAGACCAAUAAAGUGGAAUAGGCCAAUUAAAAUAGAAGUAUUUACAUAGGAUCUAAACUCAGAAGUCUUUAGAACCAUCUGAUUAACCGCUUACAUUUAAACUUCAUGACCUCAGUUGACACAAAGCUUUAUGCUAAUGAGACCCCAGGCUUCCCUCUCUUUGCGCUAAUAUUUGCUCUGUUGGCAGAGAAACAGAAUCAGCGAUUAAUUCACUUUGGAACGGAAUAGCCUACAUACAGGAGAUGCCUCAACCUGCUACUGAUGUCGAAUGUUAAGAUCAGAUUACCAACACUGUUAAUGCUAUACAUACAUUAUAGGUAAUAUAACACUUUUUUGCUGCUAGUUCUGUUCUGCGACAGUAGUUAAUAGUAGUAUUUUGCGCAAUGUGAGCAAAUGUGGCUGUCCAGACAUAUUGUCCCUGUGUUGACAUAUAUUUUGUAAGAGAUUAUUUUUAUAUGAGUAUUUUAUUUAUUUUGUGUAGAGUAAAGUCCAACUACCGAUGUCCUUUAGAUGGAAAGAAGUUAGGGAGAUAAGCUAGAAACAGUGUGGGCGUGAUUGUGUCAUGGUACCAGCUUGAUCAAUUGUGUUUAUUAUGUACACCGUUACUACAUCUCAAUGAUGGUGUAGUAUGCCAAGUACAUAAUGGUGAAUUAUUUUAUAUUUUAAGGUGAUAAAACAAAUGAGUUUUCCAUCAUACAGUAAACAUUUAAACAUAGCAUUUUCAUGACAAAGGUCCUGUGGGAUCAAUAAGGGAAACUAUAGUGGAAUAAUCCUGGGACAAAACUCUCUGCUACUGAGAACAAUGCAUGACUUUUAGAGGGUUUUCACCAAAUAACUGAAUUUGAGCAGUGAGCAAGACUCUUUGUCAAGAGUCUAAAAACAGGAUGGCCUUGAUGUCAUAUUUUACAACAGUCAGUCAUUUCAACAGAUGUUUUACCAAAUUGAUUGUACUACAUGAUUGUGUCCUCAUAAAAAUGUGCAUUGUGUUAAUGACAAUGUUAAUAAAUAUUUCCGUGGCUUGCA